CAAAGAACUUUUACCAAUAAAGGAGCUCGAGCACCAGCCGCUGGUGUCACCAUUCUCCUCUUGCAAUUUCACCACCACCGCCACGGCCUCUGCCUCUCGCUCUCUCUCUCUAGGCGGCGCAAAUGGCAGCCUGCGUCGAUAAGUGGCCGGCGGCGUACCCGUGCCGCCUGCCGGAUAAGUUCUACUGCGCCUUGCCGGACUGCACCACCACGGACCGUCCGGUGGCGCCGGCGCCGGCGGCUAGCGGGAGCAGCGGCGACUACGUGUGGGACGCGCUGCGCGCCGAGGCGCAGGACGACGCGGACGACGAGCCGCUCCUCCGCAAGUUCUACCACGACCUCGUCCUGUCGCGGCCGUCGCUGGAGUCCGCGCUCGCCUCGCUGCUGGCGGCCAAGCUCUGCAUCCCCGGCGCGCUGCCGCAGGACCAGCUCCGGGACCUCCUCGCCGGCGCGCUCGCCGCGCACCCGGAGGCCGGGCGCGCCGCGCGCGCCGACCUCGCCGCGGCGCGCGACCGCGACCCGGCCUGCGCCAAGAUGGUCCACUGCUUCCUCUACUACAGGGGCUUCCUGGCACUGCAGGCCCACCGCGCGGCGCACGCGCUCUGGUCCGACAACCGCAGGGCGCCGGCCCUCCUUCUCCAGAGCCGCGCCUCCGAGGUGUUCGGCGUCGACAUCCACCCCGGGGCGCGCAUUGGCGGCGGCAUCCUGCUCGACCACGCCACGGGCGUCGUCAUCGGCGAGACGGCCGUCGUCGGCUACGGCGUGUCCAUCCUGCACGCCGUGACGCUGGGCGGCACGGGGAAGGAGUCCGGCGACCGGCACCCCAAGGUCGGGGACGGUGUGCUGAUCGGCGCCGGGGCGAGCGUGCUCGGCAAUGUGCACAUUGGCGACGGAGCGGAGAUCGGAGCCGGUGCAAUCGUGCUACGGGACGUGGCGGACGGAACCACGGCCAAGCCGAUCAUCGGCAAGAAGGCGGAGCCGCAACGAGAGCUUCCCGGGGUAACCAUGGAGCAGAGAUGGUCGGAUUGAAUGGUUUGAGUAGCGUGCAGUGUGAACGCGAACUGGUUAGUACAAUAGAGUUUCCCUCCAAAAGUUAUUUUCUGGUGAUGACUACUCUUGUAAACCUAUAUACGGAGUACUCUCUAGAGAUUAGACAAGUACUCAAUUAGCAUUGAGCCAUUUCAAAUCUUUUUUUCUUUUUUUUUCUUUUUCUAAGGAAUAACGAAAAACGUUUCUGAUCAUCUGUUGCCUCCUUGUAAGUAUAGUAGGAGUUCAUCCUCUCAUAUGUGUUUUUUUAGAGAAGGAUAUUUUUUACCUGGCCUUUAUAUCCAACCGGAUAUAUGCAGCCAUUUUAAUUAGGAAUUUAGCCUAUUGAAUAGGGAAUUUAGUCUUAUCCUCUUGUAUGUUCUUCUGCUGAAGAUCAUAGUAUUUUUCUUCUUACAA